UAGCUGAUGCCGAAUUCGUUCAAAGUAGGAUAUUUAACUCCAUCGAUGAUCAGUCAGUCGGACUGUAUCCUGUGAGACGGUACCGAUUCAUCUCCAGCAGGGGAUGGUAGAUCCUUCCUUUAUUGGGGAGAACACUGAAUUUUGACAAAAGAGAAGAGAAAGUUCACCGAAUGACGCGCCGUUGCUGAUGAGCCCCGAUGUGCGCGGUGAUCGAACUACAUUGCUCCGCUGCAUAUAAAGUUCAUUGUUAAAAGUUACAUUCUCGGGGCACCCGGAAAGAAUGUCCUCGAAGGAUAAUGACAAUGGGUGGUAUGAAAACAUCAGUUUUAAUGGAGAGCAUGGACUGUCCCCUGGAAAUAAUGUGGAGUUGCUGAUGGGCGCUGUGUCACAUCCUGAGACUGACGAAACCUGUGACAUUGACUCGAAUUAUGAAGAACUAGAUACAGUUGAGCUCGGAUCAAAGAAAUCUAGCAGCUAUUCAGACACUUCAGAAUCGAUUGACCAAGACUAUGAAUUAAUUACCACUGAACCAGAGGAUAAGGGAGGCAGUAACACACAGUCGUCUAAAAGAUCUAAUAGGUUGUAUCAGGUUACAAAAACAGAAGCUGAGCCCUUCAUUUCUGGAAAAACUGUAAAGACAACCACAAAAAUUCAACUAGUAUUCAAUGAACAUGGAGCAUCAUGGGUUUAUCCAAUAGUGCCACUGGAAUGCUCUGUAACUAAUCCUCAACUGGAAACCAAAUAUUCAGGCAUGAAGAAAUUUAUUUCUUACCAAAUUACACCUAAUGACACAACUGUAUCAGUUUACCAUCGAUACAAGCAUUUUGAUUGGCUGUACGGUCGACUAUUAGAGAAGUUUGGUUCAGCAAUCCCAAUCCCUCUACUUCCAGAAAAAGACGUUCCAUGGCGGUUCAGUGAAGAGUUUAUUCAGGCUCGCAUGGGUGGACUGCAGAUCUGGAUCAACCGUAUAUCUCGUCACCCCGUGAUCUCCCAGAGUGAAAUUUUCCAACACUUUAUCAGAAAAAACGAUGAAAAAGAAUGGAAAAUUGGUAAAAGAAUUGCAGAGAAAGAUGAAGCAGUUAGAGGAAUGAUAUUCUCUGAAAUCAUGCCAUCAUCAGAAUUUAAGCUGCUGGAUGGAGAAGAUGCAGAAAAAUAUUUGACCUUUGCCAAGAGUAUGGGAGAAAGUGUCAGAAAUCUCGUAGCAGUGACAGAAGAGCACCUGGCUCGGUGUCCUGGAACAUUGAAGUCUGAAUAUACCAAAAUAGGAAAAGCUUUCUUGGAUUUGGCAGCAUCAUUUGGCAAAAACUCCUUUCAUGGGAAAGGCUCAAUUGAAAAUGCUUUAUCAUUUGUUGGAAAAACUUACACUGACAUUGGGAAUCUUCAUUUCGAACAGCCAAAAAAGGAUUUUCACAGCCUGAUUGAGAUCAAUAAAGAGUACAAAGGGAUGCUGACUUGUUUCCCUGAUAUUCUAAACGUCCUUAAGGGAGCUCUGGAAAAGGCUCAUGAAUAUGAAAAGCUUGCACACACCAACAAAGUCACAUUGAAAGAAAAAGAAGCUGUUGUUUUCAGAGCUGGAGUUGUGUCUUCAGCUAUUGAAGCUGAAAUCAAUCAUUUUAACCAUGAACUUACCAGUGACUACAAAAUAGCAGUUCAACAUUUUCUCUAUGAACAGGUUCAGAUGUAUAAUAAGAUAACAGAUAAACUGAGGGAAGCUUAUGCACGUUUUGAAUUCUAAUACUGGGCCAUUUAGACUCCGCGGAUGUUGCAAUUCAUAUAACGUCUUUGAAUGUUGUAACUUGAAAUGUCAAUAUUCUUUACAACUUUCUUGUCAUUUUAGUUCUGGUUCCACUUGUAUGUAAUUUUAAUGCUGCAUGUAAUGAUUGUAGUAUUAACACUAGCAGCAAUUUAUUUUACCGCUGAAUUCUGCAGCAUGAAAAUCAUGGAUGAAAUAAAUAAGUCUCUGUAUUCUUAGGUUCUUUGCUGUAAGUGCGAUGCAGCAGCAGCUAGGCCAUUGACAAACCAGAAGAAGUGAAAACGCUAACACUUCAUUGCAUUUGUGAAAAUGACUGAAGAAAAUAAAUGGGAGAAAUAGAAAUAGAGAUGGGUGGGGUGGUCUCGAUCUUGGAAAUGAUAUUUCCUCUGCCUCCACAGAUGAUGCUUGACCCACUGAGCUCCUCUUGUGGUUUGUUUUUUUUUCCUCUAAGUUUCAGUACCUGCAGACUCUUGUGUCUCCUUUAUUUAAAACAGAAAUGUACUUGGGUUUAGCUAUUUAUUUAUAUGUGUCUGUAACACAAUCUACUUACAAUAGUGUGACAAUCAGAAAUCUCAUCAUUGUUAAUGAGUUCAGUUUUUGAAAUUUAUGUUUUAGCUGAACUUGAAAUUUGCUGAAGGAAUGUAGGCUAAGGAGCAUAGCAAAAUGUCAAAGCAUCAUGAUUUUGCUUUCUAAGUUACGUCUUCAGCAUUAAAUAUCUUUCUAUAAUGUAUUUCUCUCUCCACGAAAGUUGUUUGACUUACUGAGUUUCACUUGUAUUUUCUGUUUUUUUCUGGUUUUAUAUCAUAUUUCCAGUAACUGUACUUCUUGAUUAUAUUUUUAUUGACAUUGGUCCUGCUAUAGACACAAAGACAGAAUCAAAAAUAUUUGUUUACGGACUGCAAACCUGCAUCAGAAUUGGAACAGGUUAAGAAUGAACAAAUCAUUAAUAAAAGAUCAAUGACUUGGAGUGUUACUCCUCUUUCCCUCUCUGAUGGUACCUGACCUGCUGAGCUUUUCCAGCAUUUGCUGACUUCACGUGUUGCAGGCACUCAAAAUCAUAAAAAGUCUUUAUAUGCAAUUCAGUGAGUUCUAAGUAAGUGAGCUGACUGAAUUACAGAGUGACUUCGUUCAACAAAUGUUUCAACGCCUUGUUCAAUGUCACCAUACUCAAUUUCUUAACAACUUGGGCAGAGGCCAAAGAGCACAUUCACAAAUGUGAAGUAUCAGGGAAAGGGAACUUCCAAGAGUGCCAGUGCCAGUUUCCUGUUUUUGAGUCACUUUGCAUACAAUGAUGUACAUGAAUGAUAUAGAGUCCGCAAUUCCAGCUUUUGUAGGACAUCAAAUAUCAGAUUUCCUUCUUUUUUUAGGAACUGAGUAUUGGGAAUCUCUUAAUGGAGGGGAAAAGAUUGCUAAAAAGAUUCUUGUGGAUAUAACUAAAUGGUAAUUUUAAGGAAAAAGUGGAGAGUUUGAACUGUUUUUGUUACUACAUGAAACUUAAUUGUCUUAUUGUUCAUACUUAACUGUAAAUAUUUUAUAGUAUAUUAAUAUAUUUAAUAACAGAUUUGUUUGAUGUUUUGAACCUUUCCUAUUUAGAUUGUUACACUUUAUUGAUCCCAGAAGGAUAAGAUGAAAAAUGUAGCUGUUUUGUGCUUUGCUUUGAGCAUUAUAAGUAAAGUUUUAUAUUUUUGCUAAUAGUUUUGUAAUUGCAUAUGCUCAUCCUUGCCUCAUAUUAUAAUUCUCCAAUACAUUCAGGCUUUUGAAUUUGGAUAUUAGUCUGGAGGGGAGUAUUGUGUAGUGGGUGCAGAUGGGUCCUAUUUGCAUGGUUGCUGUUAUGAUAUAACAAUGAAGUUCCUAAAGGAGUUUCUGAAAAUCCUGUGGAAUUUAUCACAGGGCUCCAUUAUGCAGGGUUCUGAUCGCAGACCAAUACAAUUAAUUGCAACUUUGAAUAUUUUAAGUACUCUAAACAAGCUUUAUUUCAAUAUUAAUUUCAUUGAAACUUGAGUUGUGACCAAAAUGAAAGCAAAUAUAGUAUAUUUCCAUUUCACAAUGAUGUUAAAAAAUAGAGAUAUAUAAUCAGAGGCAGGAUACAGCUUGAUUCUGGAGCAAAGCAGCUCCUCUGUAUGCAGGUUUCUAGCUAUUUGUCUCAGGUUUGGAACUAAGGCUUCUUAAUGUUCAUUGUAAAAGAGUAAUUAUAUAUCAAUAUAUUACCAAUAACUCUGUGAGCUCUUGAACAGCAAGUUGUUCUGGAAAUUCAAAUACAGGUCCACAAUCCCUUAUCCGAAAUUCUGAAAUCCAAAAAGCUCCGAAAACCAAAGACUUUUUCGUGGAGUGUGGAGAGUGUUGUAACAAGGCUUGUUUGGCAUGCCAACAGCUGACAUCACUCAGGUGUGACAUGGCAGCACUUUGAACAAUGUGCAUUUAUCAGUGAACAAGAGAUUAUGGCAGUUUACUCAGUUAAAGAGAGAUUGCUUAGACAUAAACCUAUGUUAAUGAGACAAAUGACACUUGAAGAAGUCUUUAAAAACGCCGUCUGUCGUAGUGCUGCUUCAUAACUUGAGAAUCCUGUUCCUGGCCGAUCAGGUACCUGUAGAGUAUUUAACUUUGUUUGUCAGACAUAAUGCAACUUAACUAGAGGUACCUGUACCUAUUUAGCCUAGUUUGAACCUGUACUUGUCCUAGAAUAUUUACAUUCUACAUUUAUUCCAUUAAGUCAUUUACCAUGUGUUUGAUUCGGUUCAUUAGAAGCUGUAUAUUUUUAUGUUCUAUUGAAUGUUUUUGUUGGAAAUAAAAUGUAUUAGUGUAUUUAUGGUCUAUAAUUAUCCCACUAUUUCAUUUAUCAGUAUAUAAAUAUACAUUUAUUCAUCCUAAUGGUUACAAUCUCAAAGAAAUUUGUCAAAUGUGAUUUUUCCUCUUCUCAUAAUUAUGUUGACUCUCUUUGACUAUCUUAUGAUUUUCUAAAUGUCCUGCUAGUAAGAAAUGCCACAUUUCCCCAAAUAAAGAUGAUAGGCCAAAUAGCUCAUAUUUUCCUUCUUUCAGACUCAACCUUCCUCUCCACCCAUUCCUUCCCCACCGCCACAAACACACACUUUCUUGAAUAGUGGAAUUUAUGUGCUGUAAUGCCGGGGGUGGAGAUAUGUCUUUACCAAAGGAGGUAAGGUGCUCCUUAAGAUAAAUGAAAUGCAUCCAAAUCUGUGCAUUUUUUAUAUCUCAUCUGCUUGUAUUAAGGAAUUUUCAAGAGAUUGCAAAGUGUUGCAAAAGCACCAUUAACACUUUGU